AUGGCGGGCGCAGCAGGGGCCGCCGCGCUGCAGCAACAGCAGCCGCCGCCUCCUCCUCCUCCCGGGGCCCCUCCGUCGUGGUACCACAAGGAUCUGAGCCGCGCUGCGGCCGAAGAGCUCCUGGCCCGCGCGGGGCGCGACGGCAGCUUCUUGGUGCGCGACAGCGAGAGCGUGGCCGGAGCCUACGCCCUGUGCGUGCUAUUCCAGAAGCAUGUCCACACCUACCGGAUCUUGCCGGACGAAGAGGAUUUCCUGGCCGUGCAGACAUCUCAAGGGGUCCAGGUGAGGCGGUUCAAGACCCUGAGCGACCUCAUCACCCUCUACCUGCAGCCGAACCAAGGCCUCGUCUGCACGCUGCUCUUCCCUGUGGAACGGGAGAAGGACAAGGAGAAUGCGGAGGACAGGGACUACUCAGAUGGGGAAGACGAGAAGCCCCCGCUGCCGCCCCGAUCCGGGUCCACCAGCCUUCCUAUUGGGAGCACUGCCGCCGGCCUGGCUAGCAACGCCCCUGCUGUGCAGGACGGAACACUUGAAAGCAGCACCAACGGGCUCAGCACCGUUUCCCAUGAGUACCUGAAAGGCAGUUACUCCCUGGACCUGGAGGCUGUGAAGGCUGGUGCCAGCAGCCUCCCCCACCUGAACAAAACCCUGGUCACUUCCUGCAAACGCCUGCACAGCGAGGUGGACAAGGUUUUGUCUGGCUUGGAGAUCCUGUCUAAGGUGUUUGACCAGCAGAGCUCCCCAAUGACCUCCUGGAUCUUGCAGCAGACCGCCAGCCAAACCGGAGAGCAAGAGUUGGAAAGCCUCAUCUUGAAGCUAUCCGUCUUGAAGGACUUCCUGUCCAGUAUUGAGAAAAAGGCCUUGAAAGCUCUCCAGGACAUGAGUUCCACAGCCCAGCCUGGCCUCGCCCUGCCUUCUUCGCGGAAAGCUAAGAGCAUUCCUGUCCAGGCAUUUGAGGUGAAGCUGGACCUGACCUUGGGCGACCUCACGAAGAUCGGGAAAUCUCAGAAGUACACCUUGAGCGUGGAUGUGGAAGGUGGGAAGCUUGUUGUGCUGAAGAAGCAGAAGGACUCCCAGGAAGACUGGAACACCUUUGCUCACGACAAAAUCCGCCAGCUGAUAAAAUCUCAGCGGGUGCAGAAUAAGCUGGGAAUCGUCUUCGAGAAGGAGAAGGAGAAGACUCAGCGGAAGGACUUCAUCUUCGUUAGUGCCAGGAAGCGCGAGGCCUUCUGCCAACUCCUGCAGCUGAUGAAGAACAGACAUUCGAACCAGGACGAGCCGGACAUGAUAUCCAUCUUCAUUGGCACAUGGAAUAUGGGCAGCGUGCCGCCUCCCAAGAACAUCACCUCCUGGUUCGCCUCGAAGGGUCUGGGCAAGACGCUGGACGAGAUGACGGUCACCAUCCCCCACGACAUCUACGUCUUUGGCACCCAGGAGAACUCCAUGGGAGACAAGGAGUGGGUGGACUUUUUGCGCGGAGUCCUCAAGGAGUUCACGGAAAUAGAGUACCGUCCGAUCGCCAUGCAGUCCCUGUGGAACAUCAAAAUAGCCGUCCUGGUGAAACCAGAACAUGAGAACCGCAUCAGCCAUGUGAGCACCUCCAGCGUGAAAACCGGGAUCGCCAACACUCUGGGCAAUAAGGGGGCUGUCGGGGUCUCCUUCAUGUUCAACGGCACGUCGUUCGGGUUUGUGAACUGCCACCUCACCUCCGGCAACGAGAAGACAGCCAGGAGGAACCAGAAUUACUUGGACAUCCUGCGUCUCCUCUCCCUGGGCGACAAGCAGCUCGGCUCCUUUGACAUCUCCCUCCGCUUCACUCACCUCUUCUGGUUUGGCGACCUCAACUACCGCCUGGACAUGGACAUUCAGGAGAUCCUCAGCUACAUCAAUCGCAAGGAAUUUGAGCCGCUCCUCAGGGUGGAUCAGCUCAACCUGGAGAAGGAGAAGCACAAGAUCUUCCUGCGAUUCAGCGAGGAGGAGAUCACCUUCCCCCCCACGUACCGCUACGAGAGGGGCUCCCGGGACACCUACGUCUGGCAUAAACAGAAGCCCACCGGGGUACGGACAAACGUUCCCUCCUGGUGCGACCGCAUCCUCUCGAAGUCCUAUCCAGAGACCCACAUCAACAGCAACUCUUACGGAUGCACGGACGACAUUGUGAGCAGCGACCACUCCCCUGUCUUUGCGGCAUUUGAAGUUGGGGUCACGUCCCAGUUUGUUUCCAAGAAAGGUCUCUCUAAAUCUUCAGACCAGGCCUACAUUGAGUUCGAGAGCAUCGAGGCGAUUGUGAAGACGGCUAGCAGGACCAAAUUCUUCAUAGAGUUCUACUCUGCCUGCCUAGAAGAAUUCAAGAAGAGCUUUGAGAACGAUUCGCAGAGCAGUGACAACAUCAACUUCUUGAAAGUGCAGUGGUCGUCCCGGCAGCUGCCGACGCUCAAGCCCAUCCUCUCCGACAUUGAAUACCUUCAAGACCAGCACAUCCUCUUGACGGUCAAAUCUCUGGAUGGCUACGAGUCCUAUGGCGAGUGUGUCAUUGCCCUCAAGUCCAUGAUUGGCAGCACUGCCCAGCAGUUCCUCACCUACCUGUCCCACCGUGGCGAGGAGACGGGCAACAUCCGUGGCUCCAUGAAGGUGCGGGUCCCAGCGGAGCGGAUGGGGACCCGCGAGAGGCUCUACGAAUGGAUCAGCGUCGAUAAGGACGAGACGGGAGCCGCCAAAGGGAAACUUCAGCCGGUGGCAACGCGGACCAACCUCGACUACACCAAAUCUGUGGGGCGCAAACAUUCCCCUGGGGACGCCCCGGCGAUGGCCGCCUGCCCCGUUGGGAAGCUCUUAGAUGAUCUGGAGAAGCCCGGCACCCAGACAGCCAGCCGCCCACCGGCUCCCCAUCGCGGCACCUCCAGAGACGCCGAGGUAUCCCAGGGCCGGACGCCCCCACGGAUCCCGACGGGCCCCCCCCCGAAAAACAGCUUCAACAACCCGGCCUACUACGUCCUGGAGGGGGUCCCACACCAGCUGCUGGUCUCGGAGCUGCCCCCGGUGACGGCGGCCAAGCCCCCGGCCCCCAGGAACAAAGUCCAGAUCACGGUGCCCGUCCAGGCUGAGCACCGGCGGCCGCAGCAACCCCCCUGCCGGGCGGAGGAGAGCUCGGAGGAGGAGGAGCAAGGGGUCCUCAACCUGCCGCCCCCCGACUUCCCGCCACCCCCCUUGCCCAAGCUGGUGGAGUUUGACGUCUCCGGGGACUCCUUCUACACGCCUGCGGGGACCCGGGGGGAAGAGCACGGGGGGAGCAAGCCCCGAGCGACCGUGGCCUUCAACGAGCCCCUGGAAGCCAAGCCCCCCAAGGUGCACCCGAGGCCGGCUCCGUCCCUGGGGCCAGGCUUCCUGAUGGAGCCCCCCAAUGCCCCCCAGGGGCCAGGGGGGCCCCUGGACGACCGCUCCUGCUCCGUCCUCCAGAUGGCCAAGACCCUCAGCGAGGUGGACUAUGCCGGCGGCAGCAACGGCGGAGCGCUGGGGAGGGAGCAGUCGGGGCGGCCCCCGGCCCACCCCCUGACCAAAGCGAGGCUGGAUCUGCCCCACCACCGGGGCAUGCACCCCGACUACAGCCGGCCCAUCGCCUUCCCGCCACGGUCCAUUCGCGAGAGCAUCGAGGAAGACUUGGCAGGAGAGACCCUUAGCCAGGACGGCCGCAGCAGCUCCAGGCAGAGUGAGUCCAGUGUGGGCGAGUGGCUGAGAGCGAUCGGCAUGGAGAGAUACGAGGAGGGCUUGAUCCACAACGGCUGGGACGACCUAGAGUUCCUCAGCGACAUCACCGACGAGGACUUGGAAGAAGCUGGCAUGAUGGACCCCAAGCACAAGCGCCUCGUUCUCGAGAGCCUGAGGCUCAGGAAGUAGCGGGAAUUUCCCUGCCGCCGUCCGUCCCCCCGCAG